AUGUUAUACGCUAAGUUAUCUAAAUGCGAGUUCUGGAAGAAUGAGGUAAAGUUUCUUUGUCACGUGGUGAGUAAGCAGGGAAUAGCUGUGGAUCCUGCUAAGGUGGAAACAGUAAUGAAUUGGGAGCGACCAACUUUAGUGACAGAGAUUAAGAGUUUCCUAGGUUUGGUGAGGUAUUAUCGGAGAUUCAUUAAGAAAUUUUUACAGCUCGCCUUACCUUUAACUAAGCUGACUAGGAAGGAUACACCUUUUAUAUGGACUCCGGAAUGCGAAGAGAGUUUUCAAGCAUUGAAGCAAAGGUUAACUACUGCACCCGUGUUGGUACUGCCUGAGCCAAGUGAACCGUUUGAAGUGUACUGUGAUGCAUCAUUAAAGGGUUUGGUGUUCAUUCUAAUGCAGCAUCGAAAUGUUGUAGCAUAUGCUUCACGGCAGUUAAGGCCGCAUGAUGAACUACCCGACUCAUGA